AUGGUGUACCGAGUGGAUUUUGAGGCUGACAAUCCUGAUCUUUCCUGCUUUCAAGAUGCUACUCUUCAAGAAAUCAGAGCGGCAGUCCUCACUGAUCCAGAAAAGAUCGAGGUACAAGCUCUUGUUGAAUCUGGUUGGCCAGCGCAGAAAGUUUCUGUUCUCGUUCCAGCACAACAAUACUGGUCUGUCCGCCAUUAACUCAAGUCACAUGAUGGCCUAUUGUUUAAACAAGAUCGGGUCAUCGUUCCCUGUUCCAUGCGCCAAACCAUUCUGAACAAGCUCCAUGCAGCCCAUCGUGGUCCUGACUUCACCUUACGUCAUGUUCGUAGCUGUGUGUUUUGGCCUGGUCUCACCAGUCAAAUACGACCAUGUGUAAAACUUGCAUCACCUGUGCACAACAUACCCAACAGCAUCCUCGAGAACCUCUCCAGCCUUAUCCAGUUCCCACCCUAUCCUGGCAGCUGGUCUCUCAGGACUUGUUUGAGCUAAAUGGCCGUGCUUAUCUAGUGACAGUGGACCACUACAGUGACUUCUAUGAAAUCGACAGGCUUCCCACAAUUCAGUCUUCAGCAGUCAGUCAAGCAGUCAUUCAAGUCAUAAAGAAGCGUUUUGUCGCUAUGGUGUCCCACACACUCUUAUAACUGACAAUGGGACCCAAUUUACCUCUGAUUUAUUUAAGACAUUUGUAAACAAUUACAACUUUUAUCAUAUCACAUCCUCUCCAUACUGGUCCCAAUCCAAUGGUCGUGCUGAAGCAGCCGUUAAAUCUGCCAAACACAUCCUGCUUACUGCUGAUGAUUUCGACCUGGCAUUGCUGUCUGUCCGCAACACUGCCCCUGCCGGACACAUGUUCUCUCCAGCCCAACGCCUUUUUGGCGUGUGCUCCGCAGUAAUCUCCCUCAACCAUCAUCCACUUUGCUGCCGUCUACACCGCCACAUGAUAUUGUUGUGAAGGACCAGACCGAGCGCAAGUCGCAGCAGAAACGUGCUUAUGAUAAACGGGCAGGACCACCACUUCCACACCUUCUACCUGAAACCAAGGUCUUUGCCAAACCUCCCCCUACCUCUUCAGCUAAAGCUUGGAUUCCUGGCAAAGUGAUUGGCUCUGCUGGCCCAAGAUCCUACAUAAUCAAUACUGGUGCAAGUCAUAUACGACGAAAUCGAACUCAGAUUUAA